AUGGCGUACUGUGACGACUUGGCGGUGACUGCUAGCAACGCAGUGUCUCAGCCUGCCAAGAAGACGGUACAUGUGGACCUCAGAAUCGAAGGCGCACAGUGCCAGAUGGAGGUGGACUCGGGAUCAACCUAUUCGAUCAUUUCCGAUGCUACUGCCAGACGCAUUUUUCCAAAGGGGCGUGUCCCAAAUCUACAGCCACUUGACAUCAUCAUGAGAGACUAUCAAGCCAACCGCAUCGCAGUACGGGGAAUUGGUACUGUGCGAGUGCAGCUCAAAGAUUUUGACGGCCAGCUGCGCCUUGUCAUUGUCAAGGGGAAGUGCCCAAGUCUUCUCGGACUUGAUUGGUUUCCUGCACUCGGGAUUGAUAUUACGGGAGUGCAACACAUUGACCAAUUGCCAACAUCACUUGAAAGCAUAUUCAAAGACUUUGCCUCUGUGUUUGAUGGGACACUAGGCUGCUACAAGGGACCGCCAGUGCAAUUUGCACAUAACCCCGAUGUUGUGCCUAUCCGCCUAAAAGCCAGGAGGGUUCCUUUUGCACUUCGGCCAAAAAUCGAUGUCGAACUGAACAAACUGGUACAACAGGGAAUCCUGGAGCCAGUUGAUCACGCUCGUUGGGAAACCCCCAUUGUUACGCCACUGAAGGCAAAUGGAGACGUCCACAUAUGUCCAGACUAUAAGUGCACAAUCAACAAAGCCUUGCAGCAGCACUCGUAUCCCGUGCCAGCGGUCAGCCACCUGCUGGCAUCCCUCUCUGGUGGAGCUGUUUUUGCAAAGCUAGACUUGGCACAGGCCUACCAGCAGCUGCCUGUGACUGAUGAAUCUGCAGAUGCACAGACCAUUGUGACUCAUCGGGGUGCUUUCCGUGUUCGCCGACUAGAAUUCGGUGUCAGUGUCGUACCUGGCAUUUUCCAGAGCUUAAUGGAGAACCUCCUGCGGGGACUACCGGGUGUCAUUCCAUACUUUGAUGAUGUCCUCAUUUCGGGAUCCUGA